CUCGGCCCUGUCUCCGUCUCCGUUGAAUCUCUCUCUCCACCCCCCAUUACCUCGUCGGAUUAGCUGCCUUGCAUCCUCACUCUUCACUGUCCCCGCAAUCGUGUCUCUGCUUCCUCCCUCUCCGUCGCCAUGGAGACUCUCCAGCAGCUCACAUGCUCUACGCGUGCUUGUGGUGUUUUCGCGUCUGGGAAUGGAGUGCAGCGUCAAUGCGAGGAGCGGUCUGCGGUUCUCCUGGGUGGUGCUAGAAAGGGGAUGCGAUGCAGCAGCGGUAGCUUUCAGACGGGGUCGCUUUCUCUGAAGCGUGCUGUUGAGAAAUGUGUUCUGGUUGGGGAGAAGAAGGGUAAUUCGAGAGCGCGCAAUGGUGCUCUGUCCGCUACCUGUGAAGGGGAGAAGAUUUUGGUUGCGAACAGGGGCGAGAUUGCCGUGCGCAUCAUUCGCACUGCGCAUGAGAUGGGCAUUCCUUGCGUGGCCGUGCAUUCCACGAUUGAUAGGCAAGCCUUGCACGUACAGCUGGCUGAUUCAGCCGUAUGCAUUGGCGAAGCUCCUAGCAGUCAAUCGUACCUCAAUAUUCCGAACAUAAUAACGGCUGCAAUCAGCCACAGGUGCACGAUGUUGCACCCUGGCUACGGUUUCUUGGCGGAGAACGCGACCUUUGUGGAUAUGUGCAAGGACCACGGUCUCAACUUCAUUGGGCCGAAUUCGGACAGCAUCCGCGUCAUGGGAGACAAGGCAACAGCGCGAGAGACUAUGAAGAAGGCUGGAGUCCCUACUGUGCCAGGCAGCGAAGGUCUUGUCCAGAGCACCGAGGAAGCAGUGAGACUAGCCCACGAGAUUGGUUUUCCAGUUAUGAUCAAAGCCACGGCUGGAGGUGGCGGUCGUGGAAUGAGACUGGCAAAUGAGCCUGGAGAGUUUGUGAAACUUUUACAGCAAGCUAGGAGUGAGGCAGGCGCUGCUUUUGGUAAUGAUGGUGUUUAUCUUGAGAGAUACAUCCAGAAUCCCAGGCAUAUUGAAUUUCAGGUCUUGGCUGAUAAAUAUGGAAAUGUCGUGCAUUUUGGCGAGCGUGAUUGCAGUAUUCAGAGAAGAAACCAGAAGCUUUUGGAAGAAGCCCCUUCCCCCGCUCUAACUCCGGAGUUGCGAAAGGCAAUGGGUGAUGCUGCUGUGGCUGCUGCUGCCUCUAUUGGAUACAUUGGAGUUGGUACAGUGGAGUUUUUACUUGACGAGGGUGGCAACUUCUACUUCAUGGAGAUGAACACACGUAUUCAAGUGGAACACCCUGUGACAGAAAUGAUUUAUUCCGUCGAUCUGAUUGAGGAGCAGAUUCGUGCAGCAUUGGGAGAAAAGCUAAGGUUUACUCAGGACGAAAUUGUACUAAGGGGACAUUCAAUUGAGUGCCGCAUCAACGCAGAGGAUGCCUUCCAAGGCUUCCGUCCUGGACCAGGCCGUAUUACAGGCUAUUUGCCUCCCGGUGGCCCAUUCGUGAGGAUGGACAGUCACAUCUACACAGACUACGUAGUGCCUCCCAGUUAUGACUCUUUGCUGGGAAAGCUGAUUGUAUGGGCCCCAACAAGAGAGAGGGCUAUUGAAAGGAUGAAGCGAGCUCUGAAUGACACCAUUAUUACAGGCAUACCGACAACUCUUGAUUACCACAAACUCAUUCUAGACAUCCAGGACUUCAAGGAUGGCAAAGUAGACACAGCUUUUAUCCCCAAGCAUGAAGAAGAGCUCCAAGCUCCACCAACGUUCCCACAGUCUUCAACACCAGUCAAGGAAACUGUGAAAGCUGCUGCGUAAGCAACUUUCAUGGUGCUUAUGCAAAAUACCAGUUUGUAGCAACUUGGUGGACUGAAUUGUCUUGGAAGUGUUAAAUCAGAAAAUUAGAGUUAUGAGGUUUGGUAUUGGAUCAGUCUUGUUACAUUAGAUAAUUUUGAAACUCAGCCCAUCAAUUUGAAACUGCAAUUAGUACCAGUAAGCAUUAUUAACGCGUAUUUUGCAACAUAUCCUUAGUUCACAGUGGUUUUCGCACUCCCAGCUGAGAUUUUAUGGCAUGAACUCUUUUCUAUCGUGGUUUAGACAGAUUGCUAGUACAUAUUAGUGGGUACGUCUAACAUUGAAUGGAGAUUUUGACCAAAUCGACGUAGUAUUUAUGUGCUAAGGAAUUUUAAUCAAAGUUGUUCCAAAGCCUUGCUCAUC